CUACAAGUAUACUUGUCAUAUGUUUGUUAAAUGUUAAUAUAAACUGUCAUUUAAAAAAUUGUUGAUUUUAUUUAUUUUUUUAUUAUUUUUUUAAAUAAUUAUGUGUAAUAAAAUAAAAGCAAUAUUAAUUGAUCUUAGUGGAACACUUCAUAUUGAUAAUAAUGUUAUUCCUGGUGCUAUUGAAGCAUUAAAAAGACUUCGUGGUAUUGAUGCAAAAAUUAAAUUUGUUACAAAUACAACAAAGGAAUCAAAAACAAAUUUACAUAAUCGUUUGAUAAAAUUGGGUUUUGAUAUUAAUAAAAAUGAAAUAUUUAGCUCACUUGGUGCUGCAAGAGAGCUUAUUGCAAAAAGAAAACUUAAUCCAUAUUUGUUAAUUGAUGAUGAUGCAUUUGAAGAUUUUGAAGAUUUAAUUGAUUCAAAUGAAAAGCCAAAUGUUGUUGUUGUUGGAUUAGCACCAAAUAAAUUUAAUUAUGAAGAAUUAAAUAAAUCAUUUAGAUUACUUAUUGAUGGAGCAUCAUUAAUUGCAAUACAUGAAGGUCGUUAUUACAAACGUCCAGAUGGAUUAUCACUUGGACCUGGAGCAUUUAUAAAAGGUCUUGAAUAUUCAGCAAAUGUCAAAGCUGAAGUUGUUGGAAAACCAAAUAAAGAAUUUUUUAAAGCAGCUUUAGAUAACAUUGCACCUGAGGAUGCAAUAAUGAUUGGAGAUGAUGUUAGAGAUGAUGUGGCUGGUGCACAAGCUGUUGGAAUACGUGGAUAUCUUGUAAAAACUGGUAAAUAUCGUACAGGUGAUGAGGAAACAAUUACACCAAGACCAACAAAUGUUUUUUCAUCAUUUGUUGAAGCUGUUGAUGAUAUUAUUAAUGAAUACAAUAAUAAAUAAAUUAACAAACAAGUGAUAGUAAAGCCACAUUUAUAUUCAGUCGAUUGAUUAUGAGUAGAGGAUUGUUACAGUAUUUUUUUUUUUUAAAUUGUCAAUGGUUUUUCUUUUUGUUUCAAUAUAAAAAUCAGAUUAAUUAUAAUUAUUUUAUUUUGAGAUUCAAACAAACUUAUCAAAGACACAUUCUUAAUUAUCAUAUACUUUUUUUUAUCAUUCAGCUUGUAUCAAUUGGCAAUCAAUCACCAUCAAAUAUUUAUUUAGGCCAAUAACUUAUCAAAUAUAAAGUAAUCAAACUUAAAUUAUUGACUUUUUAAUUGUUUUUUUUUUUUUUAAUAUUUACUAAAAGAAAAAUAGCAGCUCAAUGCUGAAGUGUAAAUUAACAACAAAUUCAUUUGUGCUUUUUUUUUUUUUAUUUAAAUUGGCAUUUAAAAAUAAUAAUGAAGAUUCAUAUAUAUCUUAAAAUUAAAAAGACAAAAAUUUAAUAUAAUAGUUAACAAAUUAAGAAAAAUAAAAUUAUUAUUAAAUUGUGAUUUAAUGAUAAUUGUGAUUUUAUUUUUGGGAAGACAAAGAAUGAUUCAUUUACAGUACUAAAAAUCUAACAGAGUUUUUUUUUUUUUUUUUAAAUUAUAAACUAAAUUUCAAUUCUUUUUUUUUUUUUUACAAUUGUUUUCUUUUUCUUCCCAAUUUUAAUGAAUUUAUUUAUCUUAUUUAAUUAUUUAUACUGAAAAUCUUUUUUUUUUUUCUUUCUUUUACUAUAAUAAGUUAGCUUCUGAUUUACAGUUUUUUUUGUUUUUUUAAAUUUACAUCGUACGGUUUUUAAUUUUCUACAAAAAGAAAAAUAUUCAAAUUUGAAUAUUUUUUUGUUUUUUGUAUUUUGUCAUAAUAAAAUAAACCAGUUAACUAUUAUUUAUUUUGAUAAUUAACAUCAAAAUUAUAACUGAAAUUUCAAUUGUUUUUUUUUUGAAAAAAAUUUCUUCUUUUUCUUUUUUUUUUUUUUGGCAACAUUGGAGACGUGUAAUUUAGUUGAUAAAUUAACGUCGUUUAAUUCACGUUGUGUAUCGUCGAUAUAUUAACAAUUUUUAAUUUUGUAUUUAUUUACUUGGCCACAGUACAAAAC